GGAACUUUCAACUCCUUUAUAGAAGUUCGUUCGAUUGAGCUACACUCACUAAUCACACGAGCCAUAUUGCUUUCAUCACGUUACUUAAUUCCACAUUAUUCUACCUCUGCGGGUAAUGUUCGGCCCGUUGACAUGAACUAUCGCUCGCCUUGUCGACGUCACUGUCUGGGUGAGGUUGGAAAACGGAUUUCAUCUGUUAGACCAGAGUAAAACAUGAUGCGUGGCAGCCGCAACCAACAGGGGGAAGAAGAUGUGCAAACUCCUUUUUUGCAGACUUCUGGGAUACAAGACCCUCCACCAUUCUCUGUUCAAGGAUUGAGAUUCAAAUGGUUGGUCUGGGGCUUGGUUGGUGUUCUGGAACUCACUUUCGAAACUGGUUUGGCGAUGCGAACGACUCCUUUAAUCGCAUCUUAUAAGGAACACUUAUGCGCCAAGACAUCUCGGGGUGUAGACACACCUAUAAUAAAUUGUCAAAGAGAUCAUUCCAUUGCGAGUGAGCUGGCGCUGAUUUUGGGCGUCUUCCAACUUUUAGAAUGCCUGCCCAUGCUCCUUUUGUCGGGCAUCUAUGGCAACAUGGCAGACAAGUACGGGCGGCGACCGAUUCUAUUUCUGAGCUAUCUGGGAUUGGUACUGAGCUCAAUGUGGACUACUGGUGUGGUCUGGCUUGUUCCUAGGAUGCCAUUAAAACUCGUUUGGAUAGGUCCCGUAUUCACCUUAAUUGGGGGCGGGGCAAGCGUGUCCCUUGCUAUUCUCAUGACGAGCGCUGCAGCCGUCGCACCAUCAACUCAAAGAGUCUCAGUCUUCUCUUUUAUACACGGUACAGCUUUGGUAGCAGCAAUACUGGGCUUUGGACUCAGUUCGGCAACGAUGGCAUCUUUGGGGAACUAUGCCGCACAGUUGGUUGGUCUUGCAUUGAUGUCUUUAGCUUUAUGCUUAAGCCUCCUUCUUCCAACUGGAGAAGCAGCCCAUCCAUUAGCUUCUGAUCCAGAGCUUGAUUCUACUUCAGAAUAUACCAACAUCUUAGUCUCUAACAGACAUGCGGUAAUUAGAUCGUAUAAUGAUCUCUUACAGAUCAGAAAUACCAUCCCUUUAUUAAUUGCGGGGUUCUUUGCUACACUCGGUCAGAGGGUGCAGAUCUUAAUCCUCCUAUAUAUGCCAGAGCAGUUUAGCAUUAGCUUCUCGGAGGCCAACACAUUUAUUAUUCUUGAUCACGUAUCGAAUUUACUUGUGCUUUUCAUAGGCUUGCCAUUGGCAAAUGUCCUGAUUUUGCGUUGGUGGAACUUCAACUCGCGUCGCAAAGACAUAGCACUUGCUCUUAUUAGCAGUGCUCUAUCUCUUGCUGGAGCGUUGCUAUUAAGUUUCGCUCCAAAUGUGACAGCAGCUUUCUUCGGUAUCAUUGUUUUCGGCACCGGAAUUGGCCUCAGCAGUCUUUUGCAAUCUAUAUUCGUGGGGCUCUUCCCACUAGAGCGUGCAGCUUUUGCUACGACAUUGAUAUCUACCAUAAAGAGCGUUGGUGGUACCUUCUCUGGACCUGUAUACUCCUAUGUCUUUGCAUUGAGCUUAGAUUUAGACAGAGUUCUGCAGGGUUUGCCAUUUAUAGUAUCUGCGGCUUGUUUCGUGAUCGUCGCAAGCGUGCUGAUUACGAUGGCCAAAACGCCACGAGUAAGAAGAGACAUAAUGUGAAGUGUUACGCUGUGAUCAGCUUAUUAACUUUGGAGAACCUAUCGUUGUAGAAUUUGAUCUCUACAACAUGUUUCAGUCGUUUUGUUUUAAAUCUUUCUUUUUAUUCAUACAUGUUAUCAUGUUGUCGCGAAGCUUUUCAGUGAUUUUCACACGCUUUCCUCGAUGCAAAUUUCUUAUGUUCGUCAUACCAUAAAGCAUGUACUCGAACAGAUUCUGAUUUCCAUGUCUUUCGUUUAUCCAUUCUAUCUUUCUCAAAGCUAGUGAAACACCUUUACAAUAAAGAUUUUAUAUCAUAUGCUCCUAGAGAUGGGACAAGCUGUUGCGCACAACUCACAAGCACCAAGACGCGGAAUCAAAACCAUUUAUUGAACCAUUCUGGCUAGCUAUAAGAGCACCUCUAUCUUCCGAUUUUGCCGUUUUCUUAGCAUUUAGGUCUAUAUGAAUGAAAACCCCGAAGUGCCGAUAGGUAUCCAUAUACGAUUCUAGACAAUUACUUAUCGGGGUUUAUGCUGUAGACA